AACAUCUAUCCAGCUAAUUAAAAUUGUAGGGUAGCAUCGGAAUCCUCAAAAUGAUGUUAGGGAUGAUGUCAGAUCAUCAAAUAAUGAUUAUAUAAGUAAACGCAUAUUAACCUAGAAAGCACACAUAACGCAGCAUUUGAUUGAGCUUGUUAAUAUCAAAACUCAGAGGACAGGCGUCUUAAUGGAGGUGAUAAAAUCUGAAUCCAAACUGGCCCUGGAGAAUGUGCUUGGUAUGAAGGGUGGAGAUGGAGAAUCUAGCUAUGCUAAAAGCUCUUCAGUUCAGUUAAAUAUGGUUCAAGCUACGAAACCAAUUCUGGAGCGCGCCAUUUAUGAGAAUAUGAGAUUGACGUCUAAUGUGGGAGGGGUAUUUAGGGUAGCAGAUUUCGGUUGUGGUACUGGGGAAAAUACUCUUGUGGUGGUAAAUACUAUUGUCAAUGCUGUGCAACGCUCGUUUGAGGAACAUGAGAUACCAGAAUUUGAGGUGUAUUUCAUCGACCUUGCUUGUAAUGAUUUCAAUUCACUGUUUCGAAUGUUGCCUCCCCACAGACCAGACCAUGCUGAUGUUGAUAACGGUGGUGAUAAAAAUACAUUAGCUGGAAGGUCUUAUAUUGCAGCGGCUGUGUGUGGAUCACAUUUUAGACGCUUAGUCUCACGGAAAAGCCUGCAUUUCUGUCACUCUUCGACUAGUCUUCAUUGGCUUUCACGGGUGCCAGAGAGUGUUCAACAGAGAAGAUCUCCUCGUGUGUACGUUUCAGGAGAUUUUGAGGAAUCAGUGGGAGCUGCGUAUUUACAGCAGUUUGAUAAAGACUUCACAGCGUUUUUAAAGGCCCGGGCAGAGGAGUUGGUUGAUGGGGGAUGCAUGUUUGUAUCUCUGCCGGGUCGUAAUGAAGGAACCCACAUGAUGGAGGAGCAAGGCAUAUGUGGAUUUGUUGCACGCCAAAUAGAAUAUGCAUUUGAGGAACUAGUUAACGAGGGUAUUGUUGAAAAAGAGAAAUGGGAAUCAUUUAAGAUACCUUUUUUCGGUCCAAAUUCAGACGAAGUGGAAAGCAUUGUGAAGAAAGAGGGGUCAUUUGUAUUAAAGUUUGUGAAAACUUUGGAAGGAAUUUAUCCAUAUUGUAUGAUAGAUUUUGAAAGAGGUGAAGCGAAUAUGUUUGGAAGACUUAUAGCCAACAAUUAUAGAGCAGCAUUUGAAAAUAUUGUAGAAACUCAUUUGGGAUGCAAGAGAUCAACAGAAGAAUUGUUCUCUAGAAUUGGCAAAAGAGCUUCUAUUCUAAUAAAGGAAUAUCUCUCCAAAGAAACAAAGCUUGUUGUUGCCUUUCUCAUUAAGAAAGGAGUACACAACAACACCUAUUAAUAAACAAUGUCCAAACUCUCUCAAUCAAACAUUAUGUGAAAUACCACUAAAUAAUUAUAAUAUAAUAAAUUUCAUCUA